UUUUUAGACAUAAUUUUAAAAUGUUUCUUGAAGUUAUUGGCGCAGUCCUUAUUCCACCUUUGAUAUGGAUUAUAUGGGUUUACAUUAAACAUUUAAUCGACUGUUUGUAUUAUCCACGAGGACCGAUACCACUACCAUUUAUUGGAAAUGGUUAUUUGAUAAGAAAAGCUGAACCAUAUAAAGAGUUGGUCAACUUGGGAAAAAUAUAUGGCGAUGUUUUCAGUUUUAGCAUUGGUUCAGUCAGAUUUGUAAUUGUCAACAGCUUAGAAGGAAUUCAAGAAGUACUAGUUAAAAAAGGGUGGCAAUUUGCUGGUCGUCCAAAAGGACCAAGUUGGGAUAGAUCUAUUCACGGUCUAAUCCAACGCGAUCCAAGUAAAAAAUUUAAGAUAUUACGGAAGCUAGCAACAUCAUCUUUGAAAAUCUUUGCUGAUGGAUUGGCAGGGAUGGAAAGUAAAGCUAUAGAAGAAAGUUUUCAGUUAAAUAAAAAGCUUUUAGAAACAAAUGGGAAACCAUUUUCAAUGCAAGAAAUAACUACUUUAUGUGUUCUCAACAUCAUUUGUUCAAUACUUUUUAACCAUCGUUAUAAAGAAGAUGAUCUUGAAUUUCAGGAUAUUAUAAAGUAUUCGAACAUAUGCUUUAAAGAGCGCGGUGUAAACAAUUACAUUAUUUCUAUUCCAUGGUUACGCUAUUUUCCAUCAGCUUCCUCACGAAAUUUAGAUGAAAUGAUAAAAAUUCGCGAUCCGCUUUUAAAGAAAAAAGUCCAAGAGCACAAAAGAUCGUAUGACGAAAAUAAUUUACGCGAUCUAACAGAUGCUUUAAUAAAAGCAUCAAACUCGGAGACGGGACAAGAUCCGGAUGAAAAAGUUACUGAUGAUAAUAUUGAAUUUAUCUUAAAUAAUUUUAUACUUGCAGGAUCAGAGACUUCAUCAAAUACGAUUCUUUGGUUCAUUGUUUAUAUUUUACAUUGGCCGGAGUAUCAAGAUAAACUUUAUGAUGAAAUUUUAAAAGUAACAUCAGGUAGCCGUUACCCUUGCUUAAAAGAUCGCCCGUCACUACAUUUAAUGCAAGCUGCAAUUUAUGAAACACUUAGGUUGUCAUCGGUCGCACCUUUUGGUUUACAUCAUAAAGCCAUGGAGAAAAGUAGCAUUUGUGGAAAAUCUAUCCCUAAAGGCGCUCUUAUAAUAACCAAUCUAUGGAGUAUACACCAUGACGAAAGCUACUGGAAAAAUGCAAUGAGUUUUUACCCUGAACGUUGGUUGGAAAGUUCUGGCGAAUUUAACUCUAAACUAGGAAAUGCGUAUUUACCAUUCUCUAGUGGACCUCGUAGCUGUAUUGGAGAAACAUUAGCAAAAACUGAGUUGUUUAUUUUUAUAUCCCGAUUAAUAAAUGAUUUCCGAUUUGUAAAACCGAUAUCAGAGGAAUUACCGCGUUUAGAUGGUAGUUUUGGCAUCACUUGUACUCCUUAUGACUUUAAAGUUGAAAUAGUUCCAAGGAGUAAAAAUUUACUGUUUUAAUUUUGCUAAUGUUUUUUUUUUUUUCAAUUUAUGUAACUAUAUUGAUUGAAAAAAUAGAUACUAGAUAAAUUGUAAAUAAUUUGAAAAUAAAGCGAUUAGUAAAGGUUUGCUAAACGUUUAAAUUUUAGACAAAAAAUGUUAAUUAAAAGUAAUACUUUUCUAAUUUCUGUUAGCUUACUUUUAAUCUUAAAUACACAUUUAUGAUUAUUAUAUUUUAGAAUUUUGUAUUUUGGUUCGUUGUUUGAUUACUAUCAUUAUUUAACAUGUAAUCGGGUGUAAUGGUAUACGUAAAAAUAAAAUAAAUGGAUAUAACAAUU